CUAAAGGUUCUAACUCUAAAUCAUUGCAAUUGCAUUCAUAAUAAGAAUCUCCCUGUCUCUCUUAUGAUCUUCUACAGUUUUCCUUGUUAACUCAGCCAUUUCAAGACUCUCAAGGCCUAAUUCAAUACAUCCCCAAAGCUCAACUCCAUGAUCAAAACAAUUAUAAAAUUCUUCUUUCUGGUAGUGGUUACCUCUUCUUCCUCCUUCCUCCUCUUUUCUCCACAACCAAAAUCUUUCUAUCACUCUCUCUAUAUAUCCACUGCCUUAUCUGACAAUGUCUCAGUAUCACAGCACCUCCAAAUCCUCACUCGCAGACCCCAUGUUGCUGGUUCAGAGGCAAACGCGGAGGCUGCAGCUUAUGUUUUAUCAGUUUUCACUUCCUGCAAUAUAAAAGCACACAUUGCUUCCUAUGGUGUGUCCCUGACUUACCCAGUUUCACGUUCUUUAUCACUAACACGUCCGUUUCCAGACCCUCCCAUCACUUUCUCUCUCCGUCAAGAAAUUUAUGCUGGUGAUCCAUUUGCUGAUGUUGCUGGCCAAGUCAUACCGACAUUCCAUGGAUAUGCAAAGUCAGGUAGUGUGACAGGACCAGUUGUUUAUGUGAACUAUGGACGGGUAGAAGACUAUGUGACCUUGAAAGAAAUGGGCGUGAAUGUGUCGGGUAGUAUUGUGCUGGCAAGAUAUGGAGAAAUAUACAGAGGGGACAUUGUACAUAAUGCAUUUGAUGCAGGUGCCAUUGGAGCUCUGAUUUAUACAGAUAGGAAAGACUAUGGUGGUGGGAGUGGUGAUGCAAGGUGGUUCCCAGAUGAUAGGUGGAUGCCACCAAGCGGAGUGCAGGUGGGUUCUGUUUACUAUAGCAUAGGUGACCCUAGUACACCAGGAUGGGCUAGUACAGAAGGAUGUGAGAGGCUAUCUAAUGAAGAGGUUGAGAAGACAGGAAAUGUUCCACUUAUACCUUCGUUGCCAAUUUCUGCACAAGAUGGUCAUACAAUCUUGAGGUCCAUUAAGGGACAAGUGGCAAAUCAGGAUUGGCAAGGAGACAAAGAUGCCCCAAUUUACAGGAUCGGACCAGGACCUGCAGUUGUCAAUCUCAGUUACAAGGGAGAAUAUGUCAUCUCAACAAUCCAAAAUGUAAUCGGUGUCAUUGUAGGAGUAGAGGAGCCUGAUCGAUAUGUCAUCCUGGGUAAUCAUCGGGAUGCAUGGACAUUUGGAGCCGUGGAUCCUAACAGUGGCACUGCUGCUCUUCUGGAGGUAGCACAAAGACUAGAAAAAAUGCAGAAAAGAGGAUGGAGUCCUCGUCGAACCAUAUUGUUAUGCAAUUGGGAUGCUGAGGAGUAUGGCCUGAUAGGAUCGACAGAAUGGGUAGAAGAGAACAGGGAGAUGCUAGCUUCAAGAGUCGUUGCUUAUUUGAACAUCGACUCUGCUGUACAUGGAGCAGAAUUCCAUGCCUCAGCAACACCACAGCUUGACGAACUACUCAAACAAGCUACUCAGCAGGUUCGAGAUCCAGAUAACUCAUCACAAACAAUUUACGAAUCCUGGAUUGGUUCCACGAAUUCUCCAGUGAUUGGGAGACUAGGAGGCAAAGGAUCAGAUUAUGCACCUUUUGUGCAGCACAUUGGUAUUCCAGCGGUAGACAUGUCUUUUGGAAAAGGAUUCCCAGUAUACCACUCAAUGUACGAUGACUUUGUCUGGAUGGAAAAAUUUGGAGACCCCCUGUUCCAAAGACAUGUUGCAGUAGCAAGUGUUUGGGGUUUAGUAGCUCUUCGACUGGCAGAUGAGGAGUUCUUGCCUUUCAACUAUCUCUCCUAUGCUUGUGAGCUCCAGGAAAGCGCAAAAGACUUGGAGGAUAAGGUCUCAAGCAGGGGCAUAACCUUAAAUCCCUUGUUGAAGUCUAUUGAAGAACUAACAAAAGUAGCCACCAAAAUCAAUAACGAGAAAAAGGCAAUAAACAAGGCUAAAGGUUGGGCAUCAAUCUGGAAAAAAGAUCAUCCUAAGGUGAGAGAGGUGAAUGACAGAUUAAUGAUGGCAGAAAGAGCAUUUACAGAUCCAGAUGGACUCAUUGGAAGGACAUGGUACAAGCACUUGAUUUAUGGGCCCUCAAAGCAUAAUAAUUAUGGUUCUAAAUCCUUCCCUGGAAUAGAAGACGCCAUUGAAGAGGCAAAGAAUCUCAAUACAACAGAGUCAUGGCUUACAGUACAACAUGAAGUUUGGAGAGUCUCCAGAGCAGUCAGACAUGUCUCUCUAGUCCUCAAUGGGGAGCUAACAUGAAAUGCACAAUCUACAAUGUAAUGAUUCUCAAUGCAGUUUAUGAACAAAUGUUCGAGAUGUGCUAGAAGUUUAGUAACUGUUUAGCCAAAUACAAUGGCGGUCAGGAAUCCACUGAACUGCUUAACUUACGUGAAUCAGAGCCAAAACAAUGGAAGAAUGUAAUUGCUACUCCAAAUUGGAAAUAUUUAACAAUAUGCCCUGUAUUCCAAAUAACUAUUUCCAAUUCUGUCCUUAGAUUUUCUCUGGGAUGAAAUUCCUAAUUAAAUCACAGCUUCUCAAGUCACUUUGGCCA